CGGCCGUCUUGGCCUGUCGUAAAAGAAGCGGAGGCGCGACAGAUGACUUACCUGCAGGCUGUCAUCAAAGAAGGCUUGCGUAUCUUCCCUCCGGUUGUCGGACAGAUGUCGAAGGAAGUCCCCAAAGGCGGCGACACCUUUAAAGGCGUGUACUUACCGGAGGGAACGCGCAUCGGUUACGGAGCGUGGGGUAUUUUCCGCCGAGGCGACGUUUGGGGACAGAUGCCGACGACUUCCGACCGGAUCGAUGGCUCACGGCGGAUGCGGAGACCCUGCGAUCGAUGGAGGCAACGCUCGAGCUUGUGUUUGGCCACGGCAAAUGGAAGUGUUUAGGACGGAAUGUGGCGAUGAUGGAGUUGCAGAAGAUAUUUGUUGAGCUGCUGCGGAGAUUUGACUUGGUGUUGUGUGACCCUACAAGGCCGUGGAAGUCACUCAACUAUGGAAUCUUUCUGCAAUCCCAGUAUUGGUUGAGGGCAUACAAGCUCCCGCAGAAGCGUCCGGCCAAGAUAGAUCACAAAAAAGCGAGGGUGCGCUGCCUGCCGUCGCCGCUGCAGGUUUGUAAGUGGAUAGCGCUGGCAGAACGGGCGACCAAAGGUUUGUUGGCGCCGCGGCUCGUCUAGUACCGCGGAGAAGGUCGCGGGGACACUAAUACUGGCCGCCGGUCCGUGGCGUCGGCCCCAGACUGGGUGUGACGGCACGUACUCGAAGCACAGUUGCGCUGACUCACAU